CGAUUUUUUUAAUGAUAAUGAUGAUGAAAACCUGCAGAUUAAUAUAACUGAAGAUUGUACUGUAUCUAGUCCAGAAAUGUUUACAGAAAAAAACACUACAACAGACUACAGUCAAGGUCAAGAUGAACACAUUAUGAUGUGUUUAUAACAUGUUGAACAACAUUGGUCAUGCUGUUAUGGAUGUUUCAAAGGAGCUUAAAACAUUAAAAAAAGAAAUCCAUGUUAUUAAAGUUGAUGUAAUCAAAAAUCAGGAAAUAUUAAAUAGUUUGGCUGAGAAUGACCGUCGUACAGUGUCUUCUGUAGACACUAGACAAGCUAUAAACAGAGCAAGCUUAAAAAUUCCUGUUCAAACAAUUUCCGAAUUAAAUGAAAUUGAAGAAGAUGAGGACAAACUCAGCACAUUGGUCCGUAUUUUACAAAGAGAUGCCAGAUCAUUCGAUGCUAAACGAACCACUUACAUGGCCAUGAAACUCAUUAUGCAGAAUCGAGUGGCUGAGUUUUUGAAUAUGGAGGGAAGGCGAGGAGAAAAAACAGCAUUCGUCAAAUUCAAAAUAUAUACUUGUGUUAUAGAUUGCGUCAAAGAUAUUUUUCCAACAGUUUCACUAAUUGAAAUAGAGGGCCAUAUUAGUGAUUGGUUGAAACAAGCUCCAAGAUGGAAAUAAAUUUAUAAGAUUCUGAAGACUAAUUCGUUAUUAUUAUUAUUUUCUGUUUUAUAUU